AUAUAAAUAGUUAUGGUUUUCCCGUAACUUCAAUGGCAGUAUAAAUAGAUUCGUCGUCAUUUCCUUCGUGUGGCUUCGGACCAGGAGCGUCAAAAUGCAGGAACCGCCAGCAAUUUCCAGAGUGUUUUGAUAAAGUAAAUCUUGUCAUUACAAGCGAACAGGAAAAUACUACUGAAUUGAUAUCAACGCAUUCUUCUCAGUGUUUGCUUGAUAAUGGUUAAUAAUUCUGAAAGGUCGAAACAGUGGAGAAACAAACGGAAGAACGAUCCAAAAUUUCUCGAAAAUGAACGAAAGCGUAAACAAGCAUCAAGGAAAAAUCGAACAGAGGAACAGCGAAAGAGAGAUAAAGAACUAUGCAAGGCCAGACAAAAGAAAUAUAGAGAGAAAAAGCGAAAGCCCACAGCUAGUAGUGAGGACAUCACUGACGACCAGAUAUCAGACAGCAGUGACGUGUCAGAGCCGGUAUUGGGUGAAGAUGGUAUGGACACAGAUUCAAUCAGUUCGAUUACGCGAUCACAGGAUCCAGUUAGUUUAUCUUCUGUUUCAAAAGCUGUUGACAAUAGAUCAAGCAGCAAAUGUGGACAGUCAUCCGAAUUUUGCGAUCAAGUGCACAGAUCCGAGGAUGACAAUGUUGUCGUCACUUUGAAAGUUUCUCACACAUCAGGCUCUGUUGUGGUGUCUGACCAUGAUCUUCAACCAAACGAAAAUGGUGAGAAUAAAAAUAACCUUAAACCACUUAACGAUGUGGAGGCUACGACCAGGAGUACGAGAAGUCGGCUGCAGCAUCCAGACUUUGAUUCAUCGUAUGCUUGCGGAAAAUUGACAUCAGGCAUAGGUGUCGUCCAAACACAAGUUUCGUUUUUCAAAACGGUAGACGGCAACAGCUCUCGAUUACCUUCUAGCAUACUUGCCUCUUCAAAUGGUGUUUUACAUGGCGAAGACGAGGACCGACGUUCCGUAAGUGUCGUAUCUAAUUCGGACUCAUCUUCAGAUGACAUGGAAGGACAGGUGGAAAGUGCAUCUGAACAACCGAAAAAGUCUGCAUCUGAAACUGGCAUGGGCAAAGCUGGAAAGGUGAAAAGGAAACCAGAGCAACCGAUCGAGUCAGCGUCUGAAACUAGCUCGUGCAUAAGUGGCAACGUGAUAGGCAUAUCUGAACAAGGUAACGGACAUGUUUUUGAAGCUGAUACGGACAUAGUUGGAAACAUGGAAGGUAGUGCCGCACAACCGAACGAGUCUGCAUCUAACACCUGUACGGGCAUUGUUCGCCAUGUGGAUGACAAAGCCAAUCAAUUGAUCGAGUCUGCGUCUGAACCUGGUACUUGCAAAGCUGGAAACGUGGAAAAUAUACCAGAACAAGCCAACAAGCCUACGUCUGAACCACCUGUCGAAGCCGAUACCGUUAUGUGUGUAAAUGUUUCAGUACCAACAGAAGAAUUAAGCACUGGAAGCCUUGAUGAACGACACAUGGCACAGAGUAGGGCUAGUACUCAUAGUUCACUAACGGGAAAGAAAACUACUAAAUGGAUCCAGCAAUACGCUGAAGGGGAGAAUCAUGAAGUUGUAAGUUUUCUUACCAAUGACAUCACAUACCAUGUUGACUCUCAAAGAGAGGCUUUCUUUGUGAGAUGGCAGAGAGUGCUAUCUCAGAUUGCUGAUUUCGACGAACUCAAGUCUAGAAGUGGGGAAGUAUUCAGGGAAAUAGAGAAACGAUACCCGAUUCCAGCGAUGCAAACACUGCGCUUGUCUGGACAUCAACGUGACGUCACAGCCAUAAGUCUUUAUCCACAAGACGCUCCACGCGAUCAUGUUCCAAUCCAGAUCGUUGGGGAUGGCAACUGUCUUCCACGUGUUGGAAGUCUGUUUGCUUUUGGCAAUGAAAUGUGGCAUCUCGAAAUCCGAGUUCGAAUUUUCAUAGAACUUUGUUUGUUUGAAGACACGUAUUUAAACGACUCUUACUUGAACAGGGGUCUGGAAACUAAUAAGCAAACAAAAAGUACCGCAACACUUAUUGCACAAUACUCAGACGUAUUUACCAAAGAUGUUCAAGAUAAAGAUCGUGACAAAUACGUAUACAGAGUAAAUGCCAAAAACGUUCUUCACCCUGGUUCUUACAACGGGAUGUGGAGUGUGUUUGCGUUAGCUAGUGUGAUUGGGGUCGGGGUAAGGUCCAUCUACCCGGACUACGGUGGUUACAACGUUCGAGAGGAUCACAAUCGUAUGGUGAUACCCAGAGUGUCUCGGAAUAACGAUACUGUGAUUCACAUAAUGUGGACCAACACAUUAGGAAAGCAACCUCUGGCAACUGCUUGGACGCCAAACCAUUUUGUUGCGGUUGUUCACAAAAGCAUAAUUGAUGAUACCCUUUUAGGAGCAAAUGGUGGUACCUCAGAGGAGAGGAAAUUGGAACAGUUGAUGGGUUUUAUCAGGACUGGAGCAUACGACACAGAAAGGCUGGGGUUGGCGCGGACACUAACGCCACAGACCAUUGCCAGAUUCACGAUUAGAGAAAACAAUAUAGUUACACCUAGCCGCAUCAGCUAUCCGACACAACGUCCACUUAUCGGAGGUCCUACCACAGAAAACAAAGACACGUGCCUCUCCCAUCCCUCCGAGAAACCGGUGUACUUGUGUAAUACAUGCAAAGGCCGUCCCAUAUGUUACAAGUGCCCGCUUGAAAGACACAAAAAUCACGAGUACGAAGAUCUAGAACAACAUCUUAAAAAGAAAGAGAAUGAGUACCUCAAGAAGGCGUUACAAAAACGCAACUCGGUGUUACAUACAGAGUUGAAAAGACAAAAAGAUGUCAAUGAAAGAUGCAAAGAAAACAUAGCUCGCGAGAUUGAUGAACGCGUCACUGUAAUUACUCAACAGUUACAAAUAUGGAGACAGCAAUGUCGUCAAAAGCUCCAAGAUGAUGCUCAGGCCAUCCACAACAACAUCGAGCUAUCCACAGUACGAGUGUCGGCAACGAUUCCUACUUAUUUAAGAAACGUACAACAACAAGUACGACAAUUAAACAUGGCAGAACGACUUGCACGAAUGUCAGAGGAACCUCCACCAGACGUAGCAGUCAACACAAAUCCGUGCACAAGUAUCCAGUUUACUCCUGGAAACGAUGACCAAUUGAUACAGCAGUUUGGAAGCCUUUCCUGUCAUCUUCCUGACCCCAUUGACACCAGUGCGGGAGAUAGAACGACGAACAACGUCUUGGAGGGUGACAAUACGUUCAGUGAUGUAUGUAAUUCACUUCCAUUCCAUCCGCUCGUGCAAAGCGUUCAACCAUGUGUCCUAAUGAACACAUCGGAUCGCACAGCCACAAAGACCCUAGACAUAGAAGACAUGAGUGACGAAAUAACCACUUCUCGUGCUUUACCUUCAUGUUCAACGUCAAUCGUAGCAGGUAAUAUAAACCUUAAACAGUGUAUAGACGCAGGGAUUGGCAGUUUCCAAAACAAACCGACCCCAAGUAAGCGCCUACGUGUAAUGCAAAACGUAGUUAUUAACACUGAGCAGAAACAAAAACUAGGAAGACGGUUAGAAACAUCCCCCAAUGAGUCUGUAAUUAAUAAAUGUCCCCGUCCAUGUACAGUUCCAAUUGUUUCUGCCACGAAAGACGAAGAGAAGAAAAAGGACAAACAAUGUACUAAUAUGUCAUCAAGCAUUCUCAAUACACGUGCAGGACCAACAAUUAUUGAUAAUACAGCAAUUGUACAGCAAUUGGACAGACCAAAUAUGGUAGUAUCUCCAAACUUAACUGGACAUCAAAUAGAUGUGAACCCGCGUCUGACCUGCAUACAAUCGUCAGGAAUUGGUUCGCCAGUUAGACCGAUGUCAAUCAAGUCAUGCAGCGAGACACAAGUUUCAGUCGGUCAAAUGAUUAUCAGCUCGCCAGCUCCAACAGGAAGUUCCGGUAUCCAAUCUUCAGAUGAGCACAGUACGCGUGUAGAAAUAAACCAGGUACCGAGAACGACACAGACGCUUGGUGGAGAAGUAACCAUACCCGAUAAUGUUAUAACAUCACAACCCCGGACUACAGAUAAAGUUAUAACCGCGACAUGUCUAGCGAGAGCACAACCUUGUGGCAUUUUGGAUUCGAGAGCGUCUAGUUAUUCUUUUAUAAGAGAACAAAAGAAGAAGUCAAUACGUCCUUCUAGAACGACCGCAACGACACAACAGACAAGCAAUGAACUUUCAGCGGGAGGUAGACUAAUAGCAACUGGAUCACGGAACAGCAGAAAGAAAACAGACCAAAUAAGUGCCCGGCAACCGAGAGAAUAUACCCGUAUGGAAUUCACUAGUGCGACAGGAUUGAAGAUGGUGAUAAGGAGCGCCAACACUGCAAAAUAUUUUGAAUCGUCGCCAAGGGCUAAGACAGCAGUCAAUGGGGCAUGCGCAAUCAACACCACAAUCGUAGCGGGAACAACACCAACUGUCAACACAAAUGUUGAAAAGACGAUCAAAAAAACAAAUGAAGUGGUAAUGAUACAAAAGCCGGACUGGAAAGACGAUAUGGCGAGUACCAUUAACACAACAAAUACAGUUGUAGUGACAUCGCCGGUAAACGUCGUAAGUGAAAUCAAAACCACAACUACAGUAGGAACUGCAACACUGACGAAUGUAAACUUCACUGUAGCAACCAACUCUAACAGCGCAAUGGAAACGACUGCAAGCAGACCGAAAACAAACAUGAACGUGAGUGGAGCAACCAAAAACACGUGUGCAGAAAAAAUGACAAUUGUUAAGGCUAAUCAGGUUGUCAAAGCUGCAAACGUAGCGGGAACAACCCGAACUGAACAUGUAGCGGGGACAUCACCAAAGACCAGUGUAUACAUCGAAGGUCCAAGACAAAUCAACGAUACAGUGCAAACGACACCAAGUGUCAACCACAAUGACUCUAAAAUAAUCAAAACCGUAUCUGCAGCGAGACCGAGCCCAGUGGCAAACAAAAACGACAAUGGUACGACCAAAGUCACAAACGCAGUGGAAACGGCACCAAAGAUGGCAAAUAAAAACACCUCUGGAGCAAUCAAAGCUGUAAGUGUAGCAACGACUUCACCAAUAGCCAAGAUCAACGUCAAUGGCUCUAUGAAAAUCACAAACGGAGAGGAAACCAUUCCAAAACCGAACAUAAACUUCACAGGGGCAACCGACACAUUGAAUGGAGCGAAAACGACAUCACUGGCCAACACAAUUGUGGAUUGCUCAACCAAAAUCACACACCCAGGGGAAACAACACUGGUCGUCAAUAAAAACGCAGCUGGAACACUCAAAGCCGUAAAUGUAGCAAGAUCAACAUCAAUGUCCAACAUAAACGUCGAUGGUACAACCAAAAUUACAAACGCAGUGGGAACGACACGAAAGCCUUACAUGAAAUUCACUGGGUCAACUCAAACGACAAAGGUAGUGGAACCGACAUCAUUGGCGAACACAAACGUCGAUAAUGCAACCAAGAUCGCCCGCUCAGCGGAAACGACACCAAUGAGGAACAGAAACGUAAAUAAAACGAGCAUUACACCAAUGUCCAACAUAAACGUCAAUGGUAAAACCAAAAUCACACAGACACUGGGAACGGCACCAAUGGUCGAUAAAAGUGACACUGGAACGAUCAAGUCCGUAAACAUACCGAGAUCAACACCAAUGCCCAACAGAAAUAGGUCAACCAAAAUCAGAAACGCAGAGGGAACCACACCAGAAUCGUACAUAAACUUCACGGGAGCAGCCACAACGACAAAGGUAGCGAACAAAAAAGUCGAUUGCUCAACCGAAAUAACAAUCGCAGAGGGAACAAUACCAAAACCUUACAUAAACAUCACUGGGGAAACCAAAACAGCAAAUGAAGCCGAUCUGUCGUCGGCGGCCAUAAUCAACGUCAUUACAACCACAAAAAAUGUUAAUGUAGCGAAACCAACACAUAGGUUCAAUAUAACUACUACUGGGCCAAACAGUGGCAACCAUUCGAAGAGAAAGAUGUCGACACUACAGAUGAUGCCGCUGUUGUAAGUGAACAAGAGGCCCAGAGGGCCUGUAUCGCCCACCUUGAUAUCUAAGCAAUCAUGGCAAAAUAUUCUCCA